GGCUAUAGAGAGAAAGAGGAGCUUUCAGUUUCGUUUCUUGUUCCUGACUUCUGUGAUGGCGACUGUUGAUCUGAGAGACGAGCUGAGCUGCUCCAUCUGCCUGAGCAUUUAUACUGAUCCUGUAUCCCUGCCGUGUGGCCAUAACUUCUGCCAGGGCUGUAUUGGGACAACAUGGGACACCCAGGAGGGAUCUGGGGCUUAUUCCUGCCCUGAAUGCAGAAAGACAUUUCGAAAGCGCCCUGCCCUGCAUAGAAACAGAACUCUGGGUAACAUAGCAAAGCGAUUCCGUCCAACUGAGACAGAGCCGGGGGAGACUGGGAUCUUCUGCACCUACUGUGUCCUCUCUCCUGUACCUGCUGCUAAAUCCUGUCUCCUGUGUGAGGCUUCUCUGUGUGAUACCCACCUGAGGGUCCACAGCAAGUCAGCAGAACAUGUACUGACCCAACCCACCGACUCCUUUAUGGAAAGAAAAUGUUUUGUACAUCACAAGGUUCUGGAGUAUUACUGCUAUAAGGAUUCUGUCUGUAUCUGUGUAUAUUGCUGCAUGGCAGAGGAGCACAGGGGCCACAGAGUGGAGCUGCUGAGUGAGGCCUCUGAGAAGAAGAAAGAAAAACUGAGGAAAGUUCUGGAGAAACUGAGGCAAGAGAGAGAGAAGACUGACAGAGGAAACCAGAGGCUGCAGGAGGGCAGGGGAGAAGUGUCAGAAAAAUCAGCCAGUGAGACAGAGAGAGUCACUGCCCUGUUUAGAGACAUCAGGGAACAGCUGGAAGCCCUAGAGAAGCGACUCCUGACUGACAUCUCCAGGCAGAAAGAGGAGCUUUCCCUCCAACUCCAGGGUCUAAUGGAGCAGCUGGAAAUAAAGAAGGACGAGCUGUCCAGGAAGAUCCGUCACAUUGAGGAGCUGUGCAACAUGGCAGAUCCACUCACUGUCCUACAGGAACGGGAAUCACAUAGAGUUGCAGAUAAUGAGGGGGGCAGAGAGAGAGCUGAUAUAAAGGUCCCUGCUGUAGGGGAUCUGGAUGUGGAUCUGAUCUCAGAGACAUUACUCACAGGCUUAGCUGAGAUUGUGACUGGGGUAAAGGAAUGGUGGAUCUAUGGGCAGGAGGCUACAGACCUGUUACUGGAUAUAAACACGGCUGGGAAUCAUGUAUCUGUAUCAGGGGACAAGAAAUCUUUUUCCUAAUCACUCACAGAUCAGUGUCACCCACAAACCCCAGAGAGAUUUCUAGAUGAGCCUCAGGCUUUAAGCACCAGGAGAUUCCCCUCAGGGCGACAUUACUGGGAAGUGGAGGUCAGUGAAUCAGGGUGGUGGGGGGUUGGGGUGGCCUAUCCCAGUAUAGAGAGGAGAGGGGGUCAGUCCUGGAUUGGGACUAAUAACAAGUCCUGGUGUUUGUGCACAUGGAAUAAUAACUAUAUAGUGAGAUAUAAUAUGAAAGACACAGAGUUACCCCACAUCCCUUCCUGCAGGAGAAUCAGGAUCUCACUGGAUGAUAAGGCCGGACGUCUGUCCUUUUAUGAGCUGAGUGAGCCAAUCAGACACUUACACACCUUCACUGCCAAAUUCACUGAGCCCCUUCAUGCUGCAUUCUGGGUAGGGUGGGAUAAUGCUUGGGUGAGAAUCAUUAGUUAGGGCACUGUCCAUCAGAAAACCUAUGCCUUUUUUAUAGCACUUCAUUUGCUUUAUUCAAGCUUGAAAAAAGGAGAAAAGGCAUGUUACAUAGCAUACGACAGGUAAAAACAUUAUAUUAUACAGAGCUUAUCAGUUAUCUGUGCAUUUUUGCCUGCUUUAAUGUUUGCUACACAGCAGCUUGUUUAUAUAAAUUAAAGUAGCAUUUCUGAAGCAAACAGGUCCGUUUUACCAGUGCUGUGUAUCAGUAUAUUAUAUAUUAAUUACCUUAAAAAACUUACAUUUUUUGGUGUUACUGCUCCUUUAUAGAAUCCCCAAACACACAGGCAUUUAGUGUAUCUAUCGCAUUUAUAUUAUUUUUGCAAAAGUGCAUAACCUUGCAUUUAUUAACAUUGGACCUCAUUUUCCAGUUUGGGG